AUGGCUCCAGAGGAAGGUGCAAUUCCCGUGGUAGACUUCGGUGCAUGGUCGAAGGGCUCGACAAAAGACAAGGAACGCAUUGGCGGGGAACUGACCGACGCAUGCCGUCGAGUUGGCUUCGUAUACAUUGUCAACCACGGUGUACCGAGUGAUAUACUCGAGGAGGCGUUUGGUUGGUCCAAGAAACUCUUCGAUCUUCCUCAAGAAAAGAAGAUGAUGGCUCCUCACCCACCAGGCCCCAAUGUUCACCGAGGAUAUUCGUGGCCAGGCUUAGAGAAAGUGUCGCAGGAUAUCAUCAAAGACGGGGACGAAUUAAAAGAAACUGAGAACCGAAAAGUCUCAGAUUUUAAGGAGAGCUAUGAAAUUGGUAGCGAGGAGUCUAAGACACAGCCGAAUGUCUGGCUACCCGGAGAGGUUCUCCCUGGUUUCCGCGAAUUCACAACGCAAUUCUACUGGAAAUGUUUCGGGGUGGCGAAGGAUUUGUUAUGCGCUUUGGCAAUCGGCGUCGGCCUAGAAGACGAAAACUUCUUUCUGCGCUUCCAUAGCGGAAUUAACAACCAGCUACGAUUACUUCAUUAUCCAUCAAUUGAAGUAGAGAAGCUUUCUAACAAUGUCGUGGCACGAAUGCCAGCCCAUUCAGACUGGGGGACGAUAACGAUGCUUUUUCAAGACGACUGUGGGGGUUUACAAGUCGAACAUCCUCGUGCGCCCGGCCAUUUUAUUGAUGCGACGCCGAUGAAGAAUGCAUUAGUUAUGAACGUUGGCGAUUUGCUAAUGAGAUGGAGUAAUGACUUCUUAAAGUCGACCCUUCACCGCGUCACCCUUCCACCAGUUCAGAAUAAUAUGCAAAUCGACGGAAAGCCCAUGACCAAGUCGAGAUAUUCGAUUCCUUACUUCGUCUCACCGGAUGAGAAAUCUGUUAUCGAAUGCUUGUCCGUCUGUAUAGAUGAGGAACACCCUAUCAAGCAUGAGCCAGUUGUGCAGGAAGAUUACCGACGAAUGAAGGCUAGAGGGCAAUAUGUAAAAGUAGAUGACACUUACGGCGGACCAUUAUGA